AUGGCCGACAUGGCAUCGCGCGUCGCGUCGCUGAGGGCGCUGUUACCAGACCUCGAAUCGGUACUGCAUUCAUUUACAGAUUCAGCGGCAAAGUUUCGCGUGGUGCGCACAGUCAACAGCACCACGACGCAGCCCAAGACGCUCUACAUUCUCGACUCUUCCUUCAAUCCGCCGUCCAUUGCCCAUCUCACCCUCGCCACAUCGGCGUUGAAGCAAUCUGUAGCGUCAGAGCAGAGUCCGUACCGGCUGCUCUUGCUGUUUAGCACGCACAAUGCAGACAAGGCGCCGAGCCCCGCAAGCUUCGUGCAGCGACUUGCCAUGAUGACCAUGUUUGCAGAGGACCUGUCACAGAGCCUCAAGACGGCCGAGCCCCCUUUGAGCCCUGAAGUCUCCAGCGUCUCCAUAGAUAUUGGCCUCACCAAAGAGCCCUACUACAGUGACAAAUCGGCUGCCAUUGCCAAUGCCACCCCGCCUGUGUAUCCGUCCAAGCCAAUUCAUGUCCAUCUUGUUGGCUAUGACACCUUGAUCCGCUUCUGCAACCCAAAGUACUACCCUAAGCACGACCCACCCCUCUCGGCCCUAAAACCCUUCUUCGACGCCAACCACAAGCUACGUGUCACCCAGCGACCGGCAGACGCGAGCGACGAGUCCUCUAACGAUUUUGGCACAACAGAGGAGCAGGCAAGAUACUUGGAUGACCUGAAGCUUGGAAAGCAAGAAGAAGAUGGGUUUGCGCCCACAUGGGGCAACAAUAUCGACAUGGUGCAGGCCGAGGAAGGUGUGGGCGUGAGCUCAACGCGAGUGCGAAAAGCUGCCAAGGAGGGCCAAUGGGAAACAGUCGACCAACUGUGUACCGAAGGUGUGGCUACGUGGAUCAAAGACCAGAUACUGUACAGCGAAGAUGCAAGUGGCAAGAAGAUGAUGAGCUGA